AUGGAAUUUUCUCUAACAAAAAGUUUUAUUACAAAACAACUUAUUCAAUUCAAUAGUAUUAUUUCUCAAUUUAAUUUACUCGAUCCUUCUCCACAAGUAACUCAUCUUUUCAAUGAACUUCUUAUAUUUUGCUGUUCAACUCCAAUAUGCUCAUUAAAAUUUGAACGUAUGUUAGAAACAGAUUCCGUCCUAAAAACAGUAUGCGAAAAUUUACGUAAUUUACGUUCACGUUAUGAAUAUCAUCUUGAAAUCCACUCGGCAAAGAUAUAUGCAUCUAAUGCAGAUCAGAGUUUAAUUGAACACUUUUUUGAUGGUGGUGAUUAUCAUCGAUUAAUUCAACUUGAAAUAAAUAUGUUACGAAAUUUGGGUAUUCAAUUUUCUCAAAAUUUACCAUUAAAUGAUAAAUUAAAUUCUGUAGUCACUAAAAUAGCAUUUAUCGGUUCAGGUCCAAUUCCAGUUUCUUCUAUGCUCAUUCUUACUGAACACACGCCAUUCGUAUAUAUUUACAAUAUAGAUAUAUCACAUGAAGCAAAUCAAUUAGCAUCGAAUGUAUGUAAACAAUUGUUAUCAUCGCAUCUCUUUGAACGCAUGCAUUUUAUUACACAAGAUAUUAAUCAGAAACCUCUUCCAUUUCAUAUAGAAUCGAUUUUAAAACAAUGUCAAGUCAUUUUUCUUGCAGCACUGGUUGGUACUGAUGAUUUGGCUAAAUUGAGCAUACUUCAAAAUAUUGUCAAACAUUCAAAAAAUGAAUCCGAUCAAAGAUUAACACAACAUAUCAUAAUUAGAACAACCGAUGGACUACGUCAAGUUUUAUAUCCUAAAAUAAAUCUUAAAACAAUAACAAAAUUUCAAUUGGCUUUAGAUAAUGAUGAGUUGAACAAUAAGAAUAAAGCUUCACUCGAAAUACAAGCAAUUAGUUCUCCUCAAGAUCAUAUUCCUAUUACAAUUAUUGUUGCAAAAAUUACCUAA